AUGUCGAAAUCCCUUCACGAGAUUGUCGCUGAGUUGGAUAACUUCCCUUACUACGAGAAGGACCCGGCUGUCUACGCUCGCAUUCUAAAGAGCUAUCAUGCAUUGAAAGUACAAGGCGUCGACGUUACUCUGGGCUACAUCCCAAACAUAGUCGUGCAGAACAUCACUUGGCCCGAUGACUGCUGGCUGAUCGACAGCUCCCGAGCGUUGCUUUGCUACGUUGAAGAUGAAGAUAGUUAUAUUCAUCUCUGGAUCACCAAACACUCAAAGAGAAAGCAGACCUACCCGGGUAUGCUAGAUUGCACCGCUGCUGGGGCUCUGAGCACGGGACACACGCCGCGCAGUGCUGUCAUCCUCGAGGCCACCGAGGAGGCGUCUAUUAAGAGAGAGAUCAUAGAGACUGGCUUGCGAUAUGCUGGGUGUAUCUCAUAUUUCCAUGCGAAAGACCAUCUUCCCGCAGCGCGGAGCGACAGUGCCUCGACAGCUUUGCUAUUAUCGGAGAUUGAAUACCUGUAUGAGUUGGAGCUCGACCAGGGCGUUACUCCCCGACCAAAGGACCUGGAAGUUGAAGAUUCCUAA